AUGAAGUUAAAGGUUCCCCCUCAACCUGCAUAUUUACCUGGGGAGAAAGUAUAUUAUCAAUGUAAUCCAGGCUAUUAUUAUUCCUAUUUUUAUGGCCUCAGCACCUAUUGUGAGAAAAAUGACUCCUGGUACCCUAUUGAUGAAGCUUGUUACAAAAAACAAUGUCCAACUCCCAAGGUUCCUAACGGUGAAGUGUAUGAGCAGUAUGAACCACAAACAGGCUUUCAGUUUGAUAAAGAUGCUUACUUUUAUUGCAACUAUGGAGAUUUUCUGUGCAGAACCUGGAAUAAUAGAAAAUGGAAAACGCACGAAUAGCUGGAGGGUUGUAUUUGAAUUUAAUGAAGUAGUGACUUAUACUUGUGACCCUUCAGAUGGACCUCAGGAGUAUUCACUUGUUGGAGAGAGCAAGCUUUCUUGUUCUGGGCCUGGCCAAUGGAGUAGUGACCCUCCUCAAUGUAAAGUGGUACAGUGUGAACCGCCAGUACUCAAAUAUGGAAAACCACUGUCAGAAAUGAAAGAAAAAUUUUCCUACAAAGAUGAGGUUGCAUUUGAAUGCCUGAAGGGUUUCUACCUUAAUGGCAGCAACCCAGUGUUCUGUGGUGGAAACAGUACUUGGGAGCCUGAGAUGCCCACAUGUAUUAAAGGAAAACCAAGAGACAAGGAAUAG